AUGGCUGGAAGGAUGUUGAUUCUGGCGGUGGCCAUGGUCCUGUGUCCAUUGGCCUUUGUUGGACCGCAGGUCCGUCCUGUGGCCGUUGCUCCACGCUGCCACGGUGCCGCUCCUCCUCACUGCGUCGUGCAUCGCGUGGCGACGGCCCUGGCAGCUGCGGGGAUGCCAACAACGACGCAGGAUCUACGGCUACGGUUCCUACGAAGACUCUUGCGUUCCCAGGUCUACUACAUGCUGGCUGCCACCAUGGGCACCAUCCUACUGCUUUGCGGCUCCUUUCCCUGGCGAUGCUUCGUUUUUUUGCAGCGCCGCCCUGGCGUCAUGCGAGAGAUGGUGGAAGGUGCUGACGACUCACAGCUUUCGGCCAUGACGUGUCUUGCGGCAGCUGCUAUGACGCAUUGGCUUUUUGCGAUCGUAGAGGAUUGGUUGGCAUGGAGAUACCUAGCUGUGCACUGCCAGGAGCAGAUGUCGGUUCAAGAACAUCAGAUUGUGCAGUCUGCCUCUGCCCUGUGCUGGAUCUACACGGCGCACCACUUCUUAGCUGCCACGGUUUUCGGAUCUUUCCUGCUCUUCGAAGAGCUAGCUGUCCUGUGCUGUUUCGGCGCCUUCUUUGAGCUUCCGGUCUGUUUCACCAACCUUCGCGAUUUGGUGGUCACUUUUCACAAGGAAUUGGAAGAAGUCUCUUCUCGAUUUCCAUUGCUGAGCGCUUCCUUCUGCCGCAGCUGGUGGAACCUCACGGGCUUCCUGGUGCUGUUGGGCCGAGGCUCAGCCCUGCUGAGUUUCGCCUAUGCCACGGCGCUGUGGAACCAGGAGUUGCAGCAGGAACUCCCAACCGUCACCAGCUUUGCGUUUCGUUUCUACGGCGCCAGCUUCACGCACUUCGGCUGCACUGUUGCUAUCCAUCCUGUGGUCCGUGCAACUUUUGGCGGAUCGCGCAGCGGUCAGCCCAGAUUGGCGCCGGUGCGGCUUUCCUCAGGGCGCUUCGAAAAAGAGUCGGCACUGCAAGGUAGUCACCCGCAGCAGCCGAAUGCCUCAGCUGGCGGGACUCCUUCCACGUCCAGCAGCUUCUCCUUGACCACCUUCGACGAAUCCGAAGAGAACUCCAAGAGUGCAUCUGUGGUCGUCUACUUCGUUGUCGGCCUGCUCUUCCCACUGUUGGGAGGCUUCAAUCUUGGUAUCUUGCUGGCAGCCCUGGGCUAUGGCUUGUCCUAUGGUAGCAUCGUCAACUUUGCCAAGAAGAACGAAACCUUGAAGGAGUAUAGCAGCAGCAUUGACGAUGUGGGCCUCGCCGGGGUGAAAGCCGGAGAGUAUGCUCUGAAGGCGUACAACUUUGUGGCGGCGAAGGUCAAUGCUGCGCUGUGA